AUGUCGACCAUGGAGGCGGGUCCUGACCCUCACGAUGGGUUUUCACCAGCUGCGAAUCUGAAUCACUCCUCAAGUGAUGUCUCCACGACCACCAACAUCUUGACACGUCUCCAGUCCUCCGACCCACAGUCGGCCUCUACCCUGUCCCUCAUUGUCGAGCAGAUUGAACGCUACUAUCGAGAUCGCUCUCCCAGCCUCGACAUUUGGCUGCCGUAUCAUUUGAGUCCUCAGGGCCUCGGUGUUUUUGAAGAACUGACUCAUGAGAAUCCACACUGGAAGCAUCUGCGGUACGACUAUUUCCCGAGAACCUCGACCUUCGUCCUCAGAAUGUCCGCGAGUAUUGAGCAUGAGAGCAUGGAAGAAGCCUUCUGCAAGUUCGUGCAAAAAGAAUUGACACAGCUAUGCUUGGGAGAUCCGAAGGAGAAGGAGUUCGUGGAACAAAUCGUCAAUGGACGCCACGCACCUCUAAAAGAAGGCGAAUUCGGCACUCACAGCCCUGACGCUCAAUUCAGACACGUCGAGGCGAAAUAUCCAGGGGUCAUAUUGGAGGUGGCAUAUUCACAAAAGACCAAAUCCUUAUCCGAGUUGGCGCACAUCUACAUUACUGAAGGUACCAAACUCGUGGUGGGGUUGGAUCAAGACUAUCCACGCUCCAAGAAGAUCAUGUUGCGUACUUGGAAGAGACGGAUCGAACCCGCGACCGAGUCUGCACCACCUCGAUUGUUCAUUGACCAUCAUAGCCAGGAAAUGCGCAGUUUCGACGGAAAGCCGGUCCCAAAUGCCCAACUACGGAUCCCAAUCCUGGAUUUGGCGCCCAAGGUUCUGAUUCCCGAGUCCCUGCACGACGAAUUCAUUGUGAUUUCAUGUGAAGAGCUUUGUCGCUCCUUGCGCUGGGUAGAUCAGUACCGGCUCCUGCGUGAACAUGAUGCAUUGAUAGACGACGUCCCUCCUGGGCUUGUCUAUGUUCCGACGCCCGCGAGCUCAGCCUUAGACACACUCAGCGACAACGACGACCAUGAUGCCGUGACAGCACACGAUCUGGUGUGA